GUCGGCGCUAACGUGCAGACAGUAUGGCGGACGAUGGGGACGGCAGGAGUGGAGCAGCAGCGGGCGACACAAGCGGCGGGCAGGGCGCGACGAGCACAGAGGAGUUGGAUCCAGGGCCCGGUGUCGGCGGCAUGCUGCUUAACCUCAGCAUUUUACUCCUCGUGUUGGCCGUCUGCUACGGCGUAUACCGGCGGUGGCUGAGGCGGUCGGGCGCGGACGCGGCCGCGGGCAGUGAGGCCUCGCCUCUGCCCAAGAUGGGCAGGCGCGACUUUACCCUGGAGCAGCUGCGGGAGUACGAUGGGGUCCAGAACCCGCGCAUCCUCAUCGCCGUCAACAUGAAGGUGUUUGACGUGACCAGCGGCAGAAAGUUUUACGGACGCGAGGGUCCAUAUGGAAUCUUUGCAGGCCGGGACGCUUCUCGUGGUUUGGCUACGUUCUGUCUGGAGAAGGACGCUCUACGGGAUGAGUAUGACGACCUAUCGGACCUCAACGCAGUUCAGAUGGAGAGCGUCAGGGAGUGGGAGAUGCAGUUUAUGGAAAAAUAUGACUACGUGGGUCGUCUGCUGAAACCGGGUGACGAGCCGUCGGAGUACACGGACGAGGAGGACAUUAAGGACCAUCUGAAACACGACUGACGUGCUCCACCUGCACAGCGACCAAAGCCUGAGACUCAGACCGCUACCAUCCAACCAACCUGCCACUCAUAGCCCUAAUUACCACCUUUACCCCACUGCAACUAUCCCAGAUUACCCCUCUCUAUGGCAAGAAUAAAACUCCAGGCAGAAGUUUUGGUACUGCAACAGCAGAAAGCUUUCAGCAACAACAGAGCUCCAGAGCUCCAACCACUUACCCUGCUCUACUUGGCAGUGGUGAUGUUUUGCCACUUCCUGAUUGGGGUAAUAAAUCUAUACUUGCUUCAAGGUAUCCCUUUAUGCCUUGUUAAUAAACUCCUGCCUUAAUCCUUUCCUUUAUUUACCCAAGUGGUUCUCAGCCCCAGUCUUCUAGAGCCUGUGCUACUUAUCAAACCUGUGAUAAUUUGUGAGGGGAGUUUAGCACAGAAAGCUCAAAUUACAUGCAGUGCAGCAAGUUAGCCAGUUUAAACUAUACUGGAUCUCAACUGCACAUGUAUCAUAUAGUCACUUAGCAUGGACAGUAAUCUCCAUAACUUUCCCUGUGACUUGUACGGUGAAAGUUUCAUGCAAUAUUAGUUGCUUGAAACCUACGUGAAACUACUUUUGCACUUGAGUUGCUUAAUGUAGCUCAUUUGAAUCUCGCUGCUGUUUCAAGCAUCUCAGCUUCAUGGAACAAGUUAAGUUUGAAAGGAUUGAUUACAAACAGCAUCGGCUCGAUGUACAGGAAAAUGAAAGACGAUUUUUUGGACACUUGACUUAGCCUAACAGGGAGUUAACCAAGGGAUGACAAGAAACAAACGAAGGUUUCUCAAAGCUUGCAUUUCUGUUAACUAGCCAGCUGACGGUAACAGCUGUUCAAACUCUUCUCUCUUUUCAGUAGCCAGUCUUUCAUCCACACUUAGUUUAGCCCUUUAGUUUUUCUUAAUCAGUUGUAUUUACCAAUGUUUACACAGUGACAACUUGAAGAAUUUUGCGGAGAUGAUUAAAAAAUGCUACUAAAUAUUUCUCGUGUAGAUAAUUACAUGACCCAGAUUAGUUCAUAUUGUAAGAACGAUAUCAUAGAUCAGACAAUUUUAUUUGGCUCACUAGUGGAGUAACAGUGUUGGAUGCAACUGGUUGCAUGCAAGUUUCACCGUGUAAAGCCAGCCUUAGAAAAGAAAAGACAACACGUUGGCUCACAAUUGAGCUAAAAUAGUUAAUGGGCAGUUGCUUCAUUGGUUUUGAACACUUCUAUGUUCAAAAACCAUGUCAGAAUUGUCCAUGGUAAUUGAUUCAAGAAGAGAUCAGGCUGAACGGUGCUGGAGUAAAAGCCCACGGUGAGGAGGGAAGAGAUCAGGAAAUGUGCUUAUUGGACAGUCCUCACUUUGGGCUGAUGUUAUACAGCAAGUGAGGAAUCCUGCUCUGUGAUAUCAUCCUCCCUCCACCUGUGACUGGGCUUGAGAACCCCAUUGCUUUGCCUUUUGCAUUUUAAAAAUUUUUUUUAUUUCAUGGGCCCAUUGUUUAUGUUCCGUCCCAAUCCAUCCAAACUCAAAACUGAAGGUUACCUUUUCUCUCCUCCCUGGACUCGCCCCCUUCCCUUAAGCCCUGUGCCCUUGCUCCAUGUGCCCUAAGCCGUUAACUCCCCUGUACAGUGAAGCAACCCCGGGGCUUUUAAAUCCUGCACAUCUGCGUGUUUGGGUGACGGACUGAAAAUGUGAAAAGAUUUUUACAGAAAAAAAAA